UCCUGCUUCCCGGGCAGCCCGGGGGAUGCGCGGUGCUGCCGAGCACCCGCACGUCUGUCCUCCCGCAGCGGUGGUGCCCAUGGCGGCGGAGCCGCAGCCCAAAGCUCUGACCCGCAAGCCCCUCCUGCUCAACAAAGUGGAGGGCUCGCAGGAGGUGGUGAACAUGGCAGCGAUCGUGCCCAAGGAGGACGGGGUCAUCAGCGUCUCCGAGGACAGAACGGUUCGUGUCUGGCUGAAGAGAGACAGUGGACAGUACUGGCCCAGCAUAUACCAUGCAAUGCCAUCUCCAUGUUCAUGCAUGUCUUUUAACCCGGAAACCAGAAGGCUGUCCAUAGGUCUAGACAAUGGUACAAUCUCAGAAUUCAUUUUAUCAGAAGAUUACAACAAGAUGACACUAGUGAAGAGUUACCAGGCUCAUCAAAGCAGGGUCAUCAUGAUUCUGUUUGUCCUGGAGAUGGAGUGGGUGCUGAGCACCGGCCAAGACAAGCACUUCACCUGGCACUGUUCAGAGAGCGGCCAGCGGCUGGGAGGCUACCGCACCAGCGCGGGGGCCUGCGGCCUGCAAUUUGAUGUGGAAACCCGACAUGUGUUUGUUGGUGAUCAUUCUGGGCAAGUAACCAUACUCAAAUUAGAGCAAGAGUCCUGCAGCCUGGUGACGACAUUUAAGGGGCACACAGGUGGUGUCACUGCUCUCUGUUGGGACCCAAUACAGCGAGUUUUGUUCUCAGGCAGUUCUGACCAUUCCAUUAUAAUGUGGGAUAUUGGAGGAAGAAAAGGAACAGCCAUCGAGCUGCAAGGACAUAACGAUAAAGUUCAGUCUCUCUCCUACGCUCACCACACUCGGCAGCUCAUCUCUUGUGGUGCCGAUGGGGGAAUAGUGGUCUGGAACAUGGAUGUUGAAAGACAGGAGACCCCUGAGUGGCUGGACAGCGACUCCUGUCAAAAAUGUGACCAGCCUUUCUUCUGGAACUUCAAGCAAAUGUGGGACAGUAAGAAAAUAGGCCUCAGGCAGCACCACUGCCGCAAAUGCGGGAAGGCCGUCUGCGGCAAGUGCAGCUCCAAGCGCUCCUCCAUCCCGCUGAUGGGGUUCGAGUUUGAAGUGAGGGUCUGCGAUAGCUGCCACGAGUCCAUAACGGAUGAGGAGCGGGCGCCCACAGCUACUUUCCACGACAGUAAGCACAACAUAGUUCAUGUACACUUUGAUGCCACUAGAGGAUGGCUGCUGACCUCGGGGACAGACAAGAUUAUUAAGCUGUGGGAUAUGACGCCAGUAGUGUCUUGAUACAUCAGUGGAACUUGAAGGGUGACAUUUACAGAAGAAGCAGAUUUCUUAACCCUAAUCAUUCUGCAGAAGAUAGGUAAUGCCAGGCGCAUAUUGCGGAUGAGAAAGGAACUCAUGUGUUUACAACAAUUUAUGUCCUCUGCUUGAUCGAGGUUGAACAUUUGCACGAAGACUCUUUCCAUUUAUUCUCAAAAUACACAAGAAGGUAUUUUUUUAACUAACGGUUUGUACGAUCUGACUUCAGUUGUCUUGAGUUUGUUUGGAGAAUCCGUGUGCAGUGCAGUUUUUAGUUUUUAUACAUCAUGAUGUCAGGAUACUUGCUGCUUUGUACCGAGGGUUCUUGGUUUGUGUCUUACCCAUGUCAGUUUCCAGUGUAAGGCAGUCGGCUCUCCCCACCUGUGUGUUUGGGAUGUUCCUGCUGACAAUGCUCACUUCAGCAGAAGAGCUCCAGGCACGACACUGUGCCUUCUGUGGUCACAUCGCCAAGCAUCUGAUGGACUUGCAAUUUCUACCAAGGGCUCUACCACCCUCUUAUCCUAGCAGACAUCAUCUGGAGAGCGUUCUGUUGUUUUGUUGUAGCUAAAGCAUGGCUUCCUGCCACUUUCCUUGCUGCACCAGUUGCAAAACCCGGGGGCCAGGUUGCUUAGCAACUUAUUUCUACAAAAGCUGAAAUAGUUUUCCAGCUCGGAGCAUCAGAAAGAGCACACGGACCUGCUUGCAGUCUGAUGAGGCUGAGGAGGAUUCAAAUGAAAUUACUGGCAACAACUUUCAGGAGUGUGUGCAGGGGAGUGGGGGAGCAGAUCUGAAGCUGGUCUGGGGUUGAGAAGUCUGUUUUACCUCUACCUCUACCUUGUGCAGCAGCAUUUCAGCAUUUGUACCUGUCUGUGUUGUUGAACAUGAAUUUGAUUUUCCUGUUUUCCAUACGUUUAGUCAUAUUUAUUUUUUAAGAUGCCGAUGAUGUUUUUAUUAAUUUCCUCUCUAGAUCAGAAACUGAUAUUGCUGAACAACACUUAUUGUCCUGUUGUCAUAUUUGGCAGUUUCUUUUAAGAAUAAAGAAGUAUUUAAAAAGCCUGGAUUGACCAAACUUAUCCUUUUAAAAGGAAAGAGUCACGAUGGAAAAAGAAAAGCAAAACUUUUUUUGCUAGAUCUGUCUUAAAUGAGGAGUCAUCUCUGGGUUCCUCUAAAUCCAUUUUGCUUUUUAACACUCUAUUGGCAAUACUCUUGCUCUGCAGGCUGAGUGUUCCUGUAUCUCCUAUUGAUGCAGGGCUGCUGUUAGUCUUUGUGAUGAAAUACAGCAGUCAGCAGCGCUCAGCCUUGCCCCCAUUUUGCCCUUUGCUUCUCCCCUCUCGGUGGGAGGUUGUGGUGUUUACCACCAUAAAGCACACUGCUACACAGAGAAGAGCUGUACGCCUUCACUGGGAGAGAAUGCAAAAAAAAAGAAAACAGAACAAAAAAGGUAAGUGCCAUUCAUAACAUUAAUCUGAGUCUGAGGAGCUGCUUCCAUGAAGGCAAAUUCUUCAGGGAAAAUUCUUUUUUUUUUAUACAUCCUGUAAAUGGUGUUCAAGCAUUCUGCAGCUGUGUUGUCUGAAAUGAUGCCACUCCUGCUUUCCUGGCUGUACAGCCUGUUGUUGGUUCCCCUCUAUGCAGCAAUUUUUUUAAAGCACGUUUUCAAACAUAUUUCACAUCUCACUAAAAAGACUCACUUUACUGCUGAAACGUUACUAAUCUUUAAGCCCUCCUACUUUCUUUCCUGGAAAUUAGAUGCUUGUUUCCUCUUGGAAGGCAUGCAAGAUGAGUGAGUCUACUGCCAGGAUUUCAUUCCAGCUGGAGAAGGUGUGUAAAACUAUGCUGGCCUAUGCUGUUCCACAUUACCCUGGGCUUUAGGCUUUUUGGCCAGAACUUGCUCUGCUGCCACAGAGAGUAAUUCACAUGGUGGCAGAAACUUGGGAGCGCUCAAGUAAUCAGCGUUCAGCUCUGUUCCUGAUGAGCCAUAAUGGCUACAACAGGGCCUGGGCCCACAGCAUGAAUUGUGCUUAACAUCAGUGGAGCUCAGAAGUCUGCAAGCUGAGGAUCUGCUCGGUGAAUGCCCAGCCCUUCAGGACACAUCUUAUUCAAACAAAAGUGAGGAACUCCAAAGAUGACCAAAUUUUGGAGCAAGGUAUGUUUUAACUCCUGUGGUAAAUUCUUGUCCCCAUCUUCUCUUCCCAAGGAGCUGUGGUUUCAGUGUUGCUUAUGGGUAGAUAUUGGGUAUAUGAACCCAUUUUGCAAACUUUCCCUUGCUGUUUUUUCUGAAUAAACUACCUGGAGGGUUAUUUGGGUUUAACUUGAUGCCCUGUUACCUUGCAGCCCCAGGUCAGACUGGUCGUGACUUAGAAAAUGGUACAAGCUGAAGAGAAAGCUGGGGAAGAAAGAGAAGCAUCUCUCUUACCUUCCUGUCUUGCAUGGCUGGUGUAACCAUAUCUAUUUAUUUUGUCUUCUAGAUCAGAAAAAAAAAGAAUCCCUAUUGCCUGGUCCUUUUCUUUCAAUUAUAACUGUCAAAUAACAAACGUAAGCUGUUUUUAUUUGUUGUAUUACUGGGGGAGGGCACAGUGCUGUGUCUUUUGGUACAGAUGUAAGCCAUACACUUCACCCACAUGGACUCAAACAAAAAGCUUCUCUUCCCCAGGGCUGCUGAACUUCAGCAGCAAGCUUUUAGUGCUACAUCCUGCUGUGCCAGAGGGCAUACAGACAAUGCUGGCCUUCCCCUGCUCUUGAUUUUAGAAAACUUGGUUUUCAUUUCUCUCUUAUCUGGUGUCUCUGCAGGGGAAAAAGCUGUGCCCUUCAGAGAACCUACCCACCUGGCUUUCAAUGGAGUGGAAACUAUAGUGUUCAUGCAGGUGGUGAGGAAGGCGUAGGUCGCACAAACAGCCACACAGGCUUCAGAAGGAAGGAAAAAGAAAUGCUGGCUCUAGUUUGCACUCAAAGGGAACAGAAUAAAACGGAACAGAGGAAACGGGGGGAAGGUGUUACUGACUCAGGAAAUGGCCGUCUAGGAUCAGAAGGGUCUGCAUUGACUCCAGCACAUUAAACCCUUUACUAAAGGAUCCAAAGACCUUACACUCUAACCUGUGGCACCCAUAAGGCAUUGGGGGAGAGAAAAAACUGUCUGACUCCAUCUCUAUGCAGUAAGCACACGACACAAAAAUUCCCUUGCAAUCUUAAGAGCAGUCAUGCCAAAGUUCUCAGAAGUCAUUACCUACAGCUGAAGAGCCAACGCAUGUUUCCUGUUUACUAAGGCCAGAGUUAGACCAAGGCCAAAAGCAAGGGACUGUUGGAAUUAGGAUCCAGAGCAUGGAUUCUUCUGAGAAGAAGUCAGGACCAGCAGGAGAUGACAGGAGUACAAAAAAAAGGCAAUUCUGGGGCUAGAGAGUGGAAUGACCAGUUGGGAGGUGUUGUUUCUGCAUGCACCACAUGAAGACAUGCAAAAGGUCAGGUGAAGUAUACCAACCCAGUGCAAUGCCUGGGAGGGAACAGAAAGGACAAAGUAAACUCAGCUCAAAAAGUCCAAACUUUCUGCAUGCUCCAACUAGAAACUCCAGUGAAUUGCAAUUUGACAUCCAACACGCAGCGUGGGGUGCCUGUAAGCAGUUAUCCCAAGCUUUGCCUUCCUCCUAGUGGACCGACCUGCAUCAGGACUGAGACAUCUAUGCUUCCAGCUGCUUUCUCUCAGGUGCCUGCCACCUGUCUGAGAGAAGAGGCUCUGGCCUAUUUCUUCCACUUAAAUUCAUUAUGCUAGUAAUGCCAAAAAAAAGCCACUGUGUUCUGAUCUCUGCCUGGCUUCAGAGAAAGGGGGUGUUGGCAGUUUCACAUGAGCAUGGAGAGGUAGGAAGGAAGAACCUGUCAAAGCACAGCCAACCCUCAGCACUCUGUGAGAGGGCUGCUACUUUCCCAGCAUCAUAAAAGAUGCAGUUUUGGCUGCUGUGAUUUACUUUCCGUUGGCACAGUUCUGCAAACAGCCAUCUUCACUUCAAACCAAGAAAACUUCCCUAAGGAAAUGCUCUGAAGUCUCUGAGCUGAUUUAGAGGACAAAAGCAGGAACACAACAGUUUAACAGUCUUUCACAGGACUUUCUCUUUACUUUCUUAAGAGCUCACUUAAACUUUUAGUCUUGGGAUAACUUUGAGAAACCCUUUACCCGUUGAAAAUCAGCUGCCUGGUCCAGUCUCCAUCACUUUCCAGGCCAGAUUAGGAUGCUACAAUUGCAGUUAGCAGUCUCCAUUGACAUGCAAUGACAGACUCACCUUGGAAGAAGAGGCCACUGGGUAACUUUGCUGCCUCAGAUGAUACUGCCAACCACACCACAGUAUCAGCUCCCUGCGCCUCUGUACGCAGGCUGUUCUUCAUCUUCUGAUAGAAGUCUGGCAUCGAGGACCUCACAGCUAGAGAGAACAAUGGGAUGGUGGGCUACCAUGCAAGGCUUUUAUGAUUAAAAAAAGUUAUGCUUAAAA